AUGGGUCUACCAUUUUGGCACGAUAGAGAAAAGGAUGCCGGCAUCUCCGUCCGGGAACGUAACACCUCCCAGGAGAGUACGAUUCAAGAUGGUGCCGUCAAAUAUACAGCGGCAGAAGGUGUCAAUUCCACCAGUGUGACCUACCAAGAUGCCAGUGGUGCACCCGUGGAGACGGAUUCGCCGUUGGGAUACUCCGUUAGCUUUUGGACAAGUCUCUGCCUGAAUAUCAAUCAAAUGGUCGGAACUGGUAUCUUUUCAACACCGGCCACUAUCCUUAAGGGUGUCGGCUCCGUUGGCCUUUCCAUGAUAUACUGGUUCAUAGGAUAUCUGCUCGCCCAAAGCACUCUUGCGGUGUACCUGGAGCUGGCAUCAUACUUUCCCAGUCGUUCUGGGUCGGAAGUCGUGUAUCUUGAGCAGGCUUUCCCAAAGCCUGCAUACUUAUUUCCUACAGUGUUUGCAGCGAAACAUGUUAUCUUUUCUUUUGGGAGUAGCAACUCCAUCGUCUUUGCCCAGUAUGUCUUUGGAAUUGCCGGCUCACAGUACACAAACUGGCAGUUGAAAGGUGUCGCGGUGGCUGCAUAUACCGUUGCAACUUUAGUUGUGAGUUCCAGCACCAAAUGGUCACUGAGAGUCGUUGUCUGGUUUGGAUUCGUCAAGAUUGCAACCCUAGUAUUGAUCUCAAUCGCGGGAUUGGUCGUGCUCGGCGGGCAUACAAAGGUCGAAGACCCGAUGAUCAACUGGCAUGAUGCCUGGAAAGGGACAUCAUCGGCAAGCGCCUACGGUGCUACUAAUGCCAUGGUCAAAAUUAUCUUUUCUUACGCCGGCUAUACUAACGCUUUUAGUGUGGUUAAUGAAAUCAAGAAUCCCAUCAAAACACUUCGCUGGAGCGCUCCAUUUUCAUUAAUCCUCGUCACAUCACUCUAUAUCCUUGUGAACGUCGCCUACUUCUCUGCCGCCUCGAGGGAAGAAAUCCUGAACUCAAAGCAAAUCGCCGCAGGAAUCUUCUUCAAAAAGAUCUUUGGCACCAAUGGGGCGGCCCGCGCGCUGAAUGUACUCAUUUGCAUAAGCGCAUUUGGUAAUCUGAUGGCUGUUAUGGUUAGCUUUUCCAGAAUGCUCCGAGAGACUGGAAGGCAAGGUAUACUUCCCUGGCCUAGGUUCUGGACUUCUACGAGGCCGUUUGGAACACCCCUAGGGCCUUAUCUCGUCCAGUGGGCCAUGACUGUUAUCAUGAUUCUUGCCCCUCCUGCUGGAGAUGCCUUCAACUUCGUUGUCGACCUCUCCGUAUACCCUACGAGUAUCUUCAACUUCCUCUUAGUGACCGGACUCUUAUUAAUCCGCUGGCGCCGCAGCAAGCUCAAUCUCCCUAGACCCGAGUUUCGAUCCUGGGCAAUUGCGAUCGGGUUUGCACUGCUGGCGAACCUCUACUUGCUUGCUGCCCCAUGGUACCCGCCCAUAGGGGGUGCAACCGGUGGAGACGUUAGCUUUUGGUACGGCACAUAUAUGGUAGUCGGCAUUGGACUACUUGCUGCCUGUGGCGUAUACUACUACAUAUGGAUCACGCUGCUUCCCAAAUAUAAAGGGUAUGAGUUUCGACAGACCGUGUUGGAGUUUGACGACGGGUCUGUUACGCAUAACCUGGUCAAAGUUCCUGUCGCAGAGCUGGCGAGCUGGGAUGCGGAGCAUGAUGCCGUUGGUCGUCUGCGCCAUCGGACAACAUACCAGAGCAGUACUGAUGUCGAUGAAAAUAAGUCAAGUGAGCAAAGGAAUGUCUCUCAAAGUGCAUGA